CAGAGGGCUGAGUUGGUGGUUUCAGCACAAACCAGCAGUCUUUAGCUAGCUAGCUUGGCACAACCUGGGAGGGACUGCUAAAAUGUUACCAUUAUCUAUAAAAGACGAUGAGUACAAGCCAGCCAAAUUCAACCUCCUUGUCAAGAUUUCAGGAUGGUUCAGAUCAAUCCUAUCUGAUAAAACAUCACGCAAUUUGUUUUUCUUUCUCUGUCUGAAUCUGUCCUUUGCUUUUGUGGAAUUAUCGUACGGCAUAUGGAAUAACAGUUUAGGUUUGAUAUCAGAUUCCUUUCACAUGUUCUUCGACUGUACUGCACUUUUAGCCGGACUUGCAGCCUCAGUGAUCUCCAGGUGGAGGUCGAAUGACUCAUUCUCAUAUGGAUACGUGAGGGCAGAGGUGUUGGCAGGGUUUGUGAAUGGCCUGUUCCUCAUCUUCACCGCCUUCUUCAUUUUCUCAGAAGGCGUAGAGAGGGCUUUGGAGCCGCCACACGUGAAUCAUGAUCGUCUGCUCCCCGUGUCCGUUGCUGGGCUGCUGGUCAACCUGGUGGGUAUCUUUGUGUUCCAGCACGGGGGCCACGGCCACUCUCACGGAGGGGAUGAAGGUCACGGUCACAGCCACUCUCUGUUCAAUGGCAAUACAGGUCAUGGACACAGCCAUGGGGGGCAUGGGCACGAGUCCAAACAUGGAGAUGGGCACGAGCACAGCCAUGGAGACGGGCAUGGGCACAGCCACGGAGGGCACGGCCACUCCCACGAGGGCCCCCACUGCCAUGAUGAACUGCACAUGCCAGGGAAGGGCUCCAGCAAACAGAUUUUGCAAGGGGUGUUUUUACAUAUCGUAGCUGACACUCUGGGCAGUGUAGGAGUGAUCAUCUCAGCCAUCCUGAUGCAGAAGUAUGACCUGAUGAUCGCUGACCCCAUCUGCUCCAUGUGCAUCUCCAUUCUCAUCGGAGUAAGUGUAGUGCCUUUGCUGAGGGAGUCCAUCGGGAUUCUGAUGCAGCGGACUCCGCCCUCUCUGGACAAUGCCCUGCCAGAAUGCUACCAGAGGGUGCAGCAGUUGCAGGGCGUGUACAAUCUGCAGGAGCCUCACUUCUGGACCCUAUGCACAGAUGUCUACAUCGGCACACUCAAGCUGCUAAUUGCACCCGAUGCUGACUGCAAAUGGAUUCUAAGCCAAACGCACAACAUUUUCACACAGGCUGGAGUACGGCAACUGUAUGUCCAGAUAGAAGUGGCAACGAUGUAGAAGGACUCGUUCCUCGUAUCUCCCUGGGAGUCCUGGGACCAAAGCCCUCUGUGUGCUGCUGUGGGGUUUCCUCCCCACCCUAUUCCCCCCUAAACCCGCAUCUCUCUGGGUUUCAAAGUCCACAUCACAAACCAAGGACUAAGACGGAAGCAGCUACAGGACAAGUACACUUUGACUCUUGAGAGGACACAAAAAAACAGGGGAAACCAAAAACUUGCCAAUUAUGAUGCGAUGUCUGCGGGGAAAAUGAGAACUUUGCUUCAGACACUGCACAUACCCCCUUUCACCCAUUCUACUGUUUCUGAAGUUUUUGUCUUCAUAUCAGAGACCUCAGUCAUACUGUAAGUCUUUUGGUUUUAUCAUUUUCUCUUAAGAUGGGGUUUUAAUUAAUUUGUAACUAUUGUCUGAGUUCAAGUACACUUCAAUGGACAUUUGUGUUAAGCCCUGCAACCAUGUAAGAUCCAUUGAUAAUCUAUUUUUAUACGUCUGUAUCAUAUCAGUCGCACGCAAUUAACAAGGGGCAUGUUCCAUUUGGCCAUUUAGUUGCACAUUGCACACUUGAGCCAUUCAAAUGUCAUUCUGGGUUUCUUAAGUGCCUUUUUCACCAAAUCAUGGACAAUCGGCGUCGUAUCCACGUGUGGGAAGUCAUUCGUUCACCUAUGAGACUGGAAUCAUGUCCCUCAAGACCCGAAGGGAAUCAGACGACCAACAUGGGUCUUGUUAUUCCAACCCUUUGGUUCCAUCCUUGAUCCAGCAUCUCUUUGAGGGUUGUCAUGGUAUUUUUCCUAAGGGAAUAUUGUCAGAAUUCCUCUUGACCACUCUUGUCAUAAUUCCCUGGACGGCACACAGUGGCUUUAUUUGAACCUUGAACAGCUACGUACGACCUGGUCAAAGGGGAUGGUUAAAACAGAUGUAAACAUGAAGUAAGCCUAAAACCCAUGAUUUCAUUGCCCUCAUUGGUCUUAAGUUUUAUUUAAUGGGCCAAGUGUGCAGUUGGCCAGUCCAUUCUUCUUUUGAAAUGUAAUAAAUGAUUUUACUGCAUAUAAAUUUUUUUUCUCAUUACUGGUAGAGGAAUGGAGGUUGAAAUGGGAUACUAGUUUAACUUCACCUUGAGGAAAAGGUUUUGCACAAUGUUUAUUCUUAAUUUCCACUUUUAAUUGUUACAUGGAUAUUUGAGCGAAGAGGUGGUGCACGUCUUUAAACGUCUUUUGCUUAGUUUGAGCUGUCUUCCAUGAUUUCUUAUCUGUACAUUUAUUUUUGACCAAAUGUCAUUACUGUUGCAUAUCAAGUAGAGAUGCUUAGGGCUCGAUUCUAUCCGUAGCGCUGAAGAGCUGCGCUACAGCUAUUCAGUGUUAGCAGAGACUGCAUUCACAGUAAACGCUGCAUAUUUCGGCUCAAUUGGAAAAUACCUUUACAUUUCAAUCGCACUAUAGCGCUGAGCUUCAGCGAUACGGAUGAAUCGAAACCUUACUUUUUAAGCAGCUUACUUUAUCUGGAGGAGGAAAUGGAGUUUCCUUAUUCUUUAAAAAUCUAUCCAACUCAGGAGAACAACAUGGGAAAUAGAUUCUGAAUUCAAAGUGUCAUUAAGCACAUCAGUAUUCAAUAAACUUCAUCAGUGAAAUAUG